GAAAAGUUUGUGUAAGAACAUUCAUAACUCUCUCUCCUCCCUCCCCUGAUUGGCAAUAAGACACGUUCAAAUCUAAUCUAUAUCUCCCUAUUCCAAUUCCGUACAUACUCUGCUUAUUCCUUUGCAUAAUCUUUCUUCUUCAGUGAUUGUGUGCAUCGUCAACUUUGACUUUCAUUCUCUGGAUCGUGUUUGAACGAUUGCUAGCUUUUGAGAAGAGCAAUGAGUUAUUCUGCAGCCGGACAAGGAAAUAAUAGCUCAGGUAAAAGGAGAAUAAGUGAUCUAUUAACUCAAUCUGAUAACCGAGUCUGCGCUGAUUGUAGCGCUCCAGAUCCUAAGUGGGCGUCAGCAAAUAUCGGAGUGUUCAUAUGCUUGAAAUGUUGCGGUGUGCACAGAAGCCUUGGUACUCAUAUCUCAAAGGUCUUAUCUGUGACAUUGGAUGAAUGGUCAGAUGAUGAAGUGGAUUCAAUGAUUGAAAUUGGAGGAAAUGCCUCUGCAAAUUCAGUUUACUAGGCAUUUAUACCUGAUGGUGUCUCUAAGCCUGGACCUGAUGCUAGUCAUGACCAACGUAUGCAGUUUAUCAGGUAAAGCUUUGCUAAAACCCUUAAAAUCUCUAUGUCCUCAAAUCUUAAAUGUCAGGUCAAAAUAUGAACACCAAGAGUUUCUAAAACCAAGCUUGAGGAUCACAUCCGUGAAGGGAUCAAAUUCAUCAUCAUCACAACAGCCGCAUCUUGAAGGAAUGGUUGAGUUUAUUGGAUUGUUGAAGGUGACUCUUAAAAAAGGAACCAAUCUAGCUGUCCGAGAUACGAGGACAAGCGAUUCUUAUGUUGUGUUGACUCUCGGACAACAGACUGCAAAAUCAACUGUAAUGAAGAGCAACUUAAACCCGGUUUGGAACGAGGAACUCAUGCUCUCUGUUCCUCAUGACUAUGGCUCAGUGAAGUUGCAAGUGUUUGAUUAUGACGCAUUCUCUGGUGAUGACAUAAUGGGAGAAGCUGACAUUGAUAUCCAACCUCUGACCACAUCCGCAAUGGCUUUUGGAGACCCUGAAAUGUUUGGAGAUAUGCAGAUUGGUAAAUGGCUUAAAUCCGACAACAAUGCUCUUAUAGAAGACAGCAUCAUCAACAUUGCAGAUGGGAAAGUGAAGCAAGAGGUUCACAUCAAGCUUCAGAAUGUCGAGUCUGUUGGAUCUGUUCACGACUCUAAAGGCACUAUCUUUGUUGGGAGUGUUUCUUUUGUUCGUUGGACACAGAACACUGUCUCACCUCGCAGCAGCAUCGAACAAGUUGAAAUCUGCUUGAAUAUUCAUCACUACGGUGGAUCUUAUAUGGAUCAUGUGUCUCCAUGGAGAGGUUUCUUAUUUCAGUUUUGUAGCAGUGACUUAUAUAGUUUAUGGUAAUAAGACAAUUCCAAAAGAUUACAGAGUUUCAGUUUAGUCUUAAAAAGUUAUCAAGAAGAAGAGUUGCUUUCUUUA